UUUAAGGUUUUUGAGGUUGGUGGCUUGGUCACCAAAAGCUGAUUGAUUCCUGAUGGGCUUUUUGGCACAUACAGCAAGUGCACUGCCAUUUCUGGUCAUGGUCCAGCCAUCCUGUUUGUCUUGGUCCUGGGAAGUGGGCAUAAAACAAGAAACCCCGAGACAGAACAGUGGUCUGAAGGGAGGCUUUCCCCCUUGGUCUUCAGUUUCCACCUCUUUUGUUAUAGCCAUUUGCCACCGAGCUGCUGUUGUGGGGGUAACUAUCAGGCACAGGUAGUUAGAAGGUGUGCCUUUCUAUUGGCUCCCAGUGGCAGACAGCCAUUAUCAAUGGGUCUGUAACCCAUGGCUAUCCAUAGGAGUCGGGUCAACUCUAGGGACACCAGGGUGCUCAAACCAUUUGAGAUCUUGCCAGCAGGUGGCACUUGUUCCCUGCUCUUACCUAAUACAGUCUGUUUAUUUAUUACUGCUUUGUUUAACUAGGCUUACGCACUUCUCCUUCCCUAUUGUAGUGUAUAAUAUAAAAUAUAAUAUAAUAUAAUCCCUAUUGUAUAACCACGGUGUCUGGUUAUAUAUUGCAAUACAUUUAUACUCUUCCCCCACAGUGGAUUUGAAAUGGUUUACUUAUUUAGUGUAUAAUAGUAAAAUUUGAAAGGAAGGGGACUAUCACCGUAAGGAACAUCCGAUUUUAUUAAGGUCUAUUUGUAGACAGGGAUAAUAUGGUUUCGUUGCGUCUUUUCCGAAUAUUUAUUUUUGGGACAGGGUCUUGUUUCCGAAUAUUUAUUUUUGGGACAGGGUCUUGCUGUGCUCUCCUGAACUCAAUAGAUCAACAAAGACAGACCUCCAGCUUAUGGCCCUCAUCAGGCCUCAGCUCUGGAAUGCUUGGCCUGCAGUGUGGGCCACCCCGCUCCAUCCUCGGGUCUUUGGAUGAACGGGAAGGAGGGGACAGAUGGCUUUUCUAGGAUCUGAAAUAAAGACGGAAGUGCACACCUAGGCACGUUUCUGAUCUGCUUGUCCUCUCGCUAACCUGAUGUACCGCGCUCUUCCUGACCGGCUCUUCAUCUCUAGAGCUACAUAGUCCACAUCUUUCGUCCCAUCAGCUUCAGUUUCCAGAGGGCCCUUCAACCGUGCUACUCAUUUUCCAGAUGGUUCUUGGGAACACAGGCGCACGACUUGGACGGGCCUGCGUUACCGGAGCAAUCAGUGGGUCCCUUUGAGACAGAGUCCAGCUUCUGAGACAAAGUUGGAAAGUCAGUGUUACGGUCCUUUCUAGGCAGUGUACUGGUCAAAUGUGAAAUCUGCCAUUACAGGAUUCUCACAUCGGUAAAACUCCAUGCUUCAAGUUUCUCUGUAACAGGAAAUCAGAUUAAAACUGGCCUCUAUUAUCAAUGGAGUUUGUAUGUGGCUCAGUAGCUGGACGGGGUGGGGAGUGAGGGGGGGACUAACUAUUCCUUCCCUUGAGAGGUUCUCGGUUGUCAAUCAACCCUGCGAGAAAGACCUUGGUCUUGCCCCGCCCAUCGCCGUGUAGGGUGCGGACAAAGAUUAGGGGCGGGACCAGGCGGGGCAGGGGGCUCGGAAACCAGACGGCGGCGGAGCGUGUUCCCGGAGCCUGGGGGUCGGCUCCCUGCGUCCCGGCGCGGUGGUGGCGGAGGCGGCUGGCGCUCGGCUUUGUGGCGCGCGCGGGUUCCACCGGGCGUCGUGGAGGCACAGGCACCGGGGGCACUCUGCCUGGCCGCGGGUGCCGCAUGGCAUGGCCAGCCCCGCGCGGUCCGGCUUCCCGGCGCGCACGAACAGCCGUCUGGACGCGUUCCUGCGGCGGCACCUGCCGCCCGAGGUCUACGACGCCGUCCGCGCCUACGAGCCGUGCAUCGUGGUGUCCGACGCCGAGAAGCACACGUUCAGGUACGUGGUGCUUAGCGACCGGCUCAUCUACCUGACGGAGAACCCGCCCAAGUCCAUCCGGAGGGUCGUGGCUCUGCGGGACGUCGUGGCCAUUGACUUGAUUGACGAUUACCCAGAGUUUUUGAAUUCUCCAGAUAGAGAAAUCAACCAGCACAUUCGUAUUGUCUACUCCUCAACGGUCUUGAAAAAAGAGCGUGGAAAACCCAAAGGUGUGGGGAAAUUCCUGUUUUCACUACACCACAGCAAUGUGAACCCAAAAGUCAAGCAAGAUAAUAAUGGACCUACCUUUUGGAGAAGAAAAGACCCCAGGAGUCAGAACCAAUCCUCUCUUAGGUCCCCCCAGGCGAACAGCAUGCCAUUCAAGGACUCAGCACCCUGUCCUUCAGACCUCAAGCAGCUGUUCCUUCCUGGCCAAGGAGCCUCUCGGCCUUUACCUACUCUCUCCAGGACUUCUCAGUCCACAGCAGCCACUGGCCAGGCUGCCUGCUCACCACCACCGCCUUUUGCUUCAAACACCGGACAGCAGGAGCCUCCAGAUUACAAAGACACCCCAAGAGAAAUUCCUCUCAGGUUUGAUGGGAACAGAAAUGAGUGUCGCUUAAGAAAUUCUCUCCCAGCUUCUCCUUCGCGCAACAGCUCCAGCGUAGAGAAGGAGGAAUCGGAACUCCACCUGUAUGUUAUUUCUGAAACCUCAUCAAUAUUUCUGCACUUAAAGAGUUCAUGGAACAACUACAUUAUAAGAGCUACUCUCUCACAAGACCCUCUGUGCUCCAGUGAACACGGUCACGUCAUCGGGAAUCCAAAGCCCUACAGAUCCGAGGAGAAAAUUAAGCACUUCAGCCAACUUAAAUCUGAACUUUUUCUUCAAGACAACACUUUGAGUAAGAUACUGUGCUUAAUUACGGAGCUUAGAGUAGCAGCCCAGAGAAAUUUCAUCCUGAAAAGACUUUUCUGGAAAACCAGUGAGCUUUUCUACUUCCUAGUGAACAAGCUUCAUGAGUAUUUGCCGGAGUCCAGAGAUAAGAGUGCUCUUCAAAAUAAAAGCCAAAGAGCCAACGAGCUGGUGGCAUGUAUUGAAAUUACACAGACCCUAGGACUGAUGUUCAGAGAAACGGAAGUUGAAUCAUCACGACUGAGCACACUGGCAGCUAAGAAGGGAACACUGUUUAAUCUCUUAGUGAUCUUAGUGAGCAAGCCUAAGCUUCCGAAGUCUUGCUCCUCAUCGAAUGCCCAGACGCCGUGUGAUUCAACAUCAGCCGACAUCUCCUUCGACGCUCAGUUACAGGCGCUCAUCCUGGAAUACACAGACACAGCGACAGCCCUGCUCUAUGAGAUCCUUCUUGUCUUUCAGCAGGGAAAUCUUGCCUUGGGAUCCACAAAGUUUGCUAUCAGCUGGAUGAUGUCCUUUCUACAAAGCUGCCCUCCCACAGUGGCUUUUGUGGCCAGCAUUGUGAAGCGGGUGGCGAGGGGCCUCUCGGCCUCGCUCCAGCUGCUGACCCCCUGCCAAGCGGUCCUCUUGUACCAGCAGUUCUACAUCCUCAGGAGCUGCUUGCAGUACAGCAAGGCUCUCGCCGAGCACAUCAGGAGCGACCACAGCGAAGAGUUCAGGUACUUCAUUCAUAUGCCAGCCUUGGAAAAGAGGCUCCCUGUGAGCUACCCUAUUACGGAGCCCACCACUCAGCUCUGUCACGAAGUUCUACAAUUGAUUGAGCAGAAACAAUAUGCAAGAUUUUAGAGGAGAUAAAGUAUAAAGUGUUCAAUGAAGUCCCAUAUUUACGAGAAACAGCCUUUUGACUUAUUUAAUAUCUGGCUCUCCCCCGAGAGAAUCUUGUAAAGCUUUUAGUUAAAUAUUCAUUAGCACCUC